AUGAGAAGGAAUUUGUCAAAUUCAAAUGUUUCCCUUAGAGCAUCAACUAGACAGCAUAAUAAACAAAGAAGGUCAGAAAUAGACAUGAAGAUUUUACAAUAUAAUUAAAGAGAUAAGCUGCUAAAGAGAGAGCCAAAUAGAGAUGGAAACGAUUGGCAGAAGUAUUAUAAUAUAAGUAUUGAGGUGGUACAAUAAAAUAUUAAAUUAAGAAGAUAAAGUGAUUCUAAUUAUUAAUCAAAAAUAUUGAGUAGAAUAGAAUUGGGAAUGAAAAUUUAAAAUUAAUUGGCAGAACAAUCAUCAAUAAUCGAAGAUUUAAAGAGUUAUAAAUUGUAGACGAUGUUAGUGUUAAAAGAGAAGAAGAAAAAAUAAAAUUAAUCAUGUUUUAUAUCACCAAAACAUUAUCAAUUUGAAUUGCAAGAACUAUUCAAAGAAUAAAGUGAUCAAUAUUUGUACAUUUACCAUAAAAAUCUUCCAAACACAUCAAAAUUAUCAGAAAAAGAGUAUAACCAAUUACUUGACACUUAUCUUCAUAAGAAAUAAUUGUUUGAACAAUAUUUGGAGUAAAAGAACCAAAGAAAACUGGUCAAAUGGAAACCAAUGACGAGUUCAAGUACAUUUUACAGCACUUCAAUGAGUUGUUAAUCGAAUGGACUAAAGAGAGAGUCUCCAAUAAUGAGAUUGUAAAAUCCUUUGGAAUCGUAGUAGUAAUAGAGAUAGAAAGAAUACUUUUUGGUCAAUCAAAUUAAUGAGGUUUCAAAUCCAAAAAUGGCAACAAGUAUAGUUACGAAAAAACAUUAGAGACCACAAAAUACAAAAGAUAAAUUAAAAGGAAUAGUUAAACAUAAUAGAAUUAAAUCCAUGGACUAUGCAGAGAAUGAUGAUGAUGAUGGUUUGGACAUGUCUAAUGCAUCGAUAACUGAAGCAUUAUUGGACUAAUUGUAUUUGGGAUCACAGAAGUUAUAAUCAAAAUUGAAAUAGCAGAAUACUGUUCAAAAAAGAGUUAGAGACAUUCUCAGACUUUAAGAAAUGAAAGUUAAUACAAUCAAUGCUAAUUAUUAAAAGCUAAAUAAAUACUAAUAAAAACAUUAAUGAUUAUAAUUUUAUUAUUCUUGGCUAAUUAUAUCAAUGCUGAGUCCCUAGCUACAUAAAAAACAAAUGAAUUAAGGGAAAUGCAGUUGAGAGAUGGAAUAAUUGAAUUGAAUUCAACAGGAUAUUUGUAUCACUUCAUUAUUAAUUUUCAAGUUACUACACCAUGGAAUUUCCACGUCCAUAUGAUGUCGUUAUUUACUUUGUUGCUCCCAGUUGUAAACUUUGCAAUGAUCUUAAUGAACAUUACUAAAAAGUAGCAAAAUUCUACGCUGAUUCAGGAGCAUUAUAUAAGAGUGAAUCCAAAAGAGCUGUCUUCUUUGCCACCAUGACAUUCAAUGAUAAAACUAAGCAAGUCUUUGAACAACUUGGAUUUAUUUCAGCGCCAAACUUAUUCGUCUCACAACCACAUAUAGUAUUCGUCCCACAAGAUGAAAGAGAAAGAUAUUUGAGAGACAUGAAAUGGACUAUCUCCUAUACAGAUGGUACAGUCACAGCACACAAAUUCCUUGAAUUCAUUAAUAAAAGGACUGCAAGAUAGGUUGAUUACAAGGCAUCUACCUCUGAAGCACUUACUGUUAUUGGUGUUCUCUUGGGAGCUCUGAUACUAGGAGCCCUGUUAUUCUUUAUAGCCAGACCCUUGUUUUUAAAUCCAAAAUUAUGGUUCAUUGGAUCAAUAAUCAUAUUCAUCACUUGUUUGGCCGGAGUCGUCUAUAACAUUAUUCAUAAUGUCCCUUUCUUUAGCCAAAACAACAGAGGAGGCUUAUAAUGGAAGACAAAUAGUGGAAGAUAGCAAUUAGGAUUUGAAGGAUUGUUCUUGAGUCUUGGUAUGACAUUUGUUGGAUUGACUAUGGUUUUGAUCAUGAAACUAAAAGUCUUGGUCAGACAUCAAAAAUUAGACCCGUAUAUUUUUUAAUAAAUCAAUAGGUUGGUUGAAAGAUUAAUAUAUCUUAUUUUAUUCCUUUGCAUCUUCUACACCGUUCUAUUCGUUGAGGAGAAUUACAGAUAAAAGUCGCACUACAAUCCAAUUUAUUGGCCACCAAAACAUUAUAUCAAGGGACCAUUAAAUAGAGACUAAGGUAAUUCAUUUUGA